UCUCUCGCUCUCUCUCAUUUUCUCCCACAUUCACGCACCUCCCCCAGUUCCUUGUGCGCAGCCAAGGAGCCGCUCGCCUCCACAAGCAUGCGCGCACACAUGCGGGCUGCACGGCGCGAUGAAGCGGAGCGACGCAAGCAGCAGCAUCAGGAGGAGAAUCACUCCACCAACACCAACAGAAGCGGCACUGUGCAUGCAGCUUGACCAAAGCGUGAGAGCAGCGACCAUGGCGAAUCAUUACGAAGCUGGAGGAAGACCCGCCCCCUGCUUCCCUAUUGGCCCGCUGGGCGUCAAGUCGCGUCUGAACACGCCUUCCAGAAUGCAAAACCAGCCCUGCUGGACCUAGCCACAGGAGCGAGAGGUUAAUCGCGGAGAAGGAAGAGAUCGCGUCAGGUUCCGUGUGAGUAGGUGUCGACAAUCAGGAGCCGAUGCCAUGGAUGCGCUGAAUUUCAGUUACUGGAACUCCUCAGAAGCCAACGACACCAACGCAGCCGAGGAGCACGAGGGCUCCUACAAGACUGUGGAGGUGGUGUUCAUCGUGCUGGUGGCCGGCUCCCUCAGCCUGGUCACAGUGAUCGGCAACAUCCUGGUCAUGCUCUCUAUAAAGGUCAACAGGAACCUGCAGACUGUGAACAACUACUUCCUCUUCAGCCUGGCGUGCGCCGACCUCAUUAUUGGACUUUGCUCAAUGAACUUGUACACAGUCUACAUCGUCAUCGGGUACUGGCCUCUGGGCCCGGUGGUUUGCGACUUGUGGCUGGCUCUGGACUACGUGGUCAGCAACGCGUCCGUCAUGAAUCUUCUCAUCAUAAGCUUUGACAGGUACUUCUGCGUCACUAAGCCCCUCAGUUACCCUGUCAAAAGGACCACCAAGAUGGCGGGCAUGAUGAUCGCUGCCGCUUGGGUCCUGUCCUUUAUCCUGUGGGCGCCUGCCAUCCUCUUUUGGCAGUUCAUCGUAGGCGGGCGCACAGUGCCGGAGAAGGAGUGCUACAUUCAGUUCUUCUCAAACGCAGCCGUCACUUUUGGCACCGCCAUCGCCGCGUUUUACUUGCCUGUAAUCAUCAUGAUUCAGCUCUACUGGCAGAUCUCCAGGGCGAGCAAGAGCCGCGUGAAGAAGGAUAAUCGCAAACCAUUGGGAGGCAACGCCGAGCCUUUGUCAGCCGCCAAGCGCAAGAACAACAAACCCAACAACAACAACAUACCGCCAGAGAACAUAGCGGCCUCCCAGAGCCAGAACACGGAGGACGGAAGCAACCAGCACGAUGGCAGAAUGCAGAACGGCAAAGCGCCUUCCACAACCACUGCUGAGGGUGAAACCGAGGGCGAUGACACGGCGAGGGAGAUCUGCGCUGCCGGCGAGGAGAAGGAGAGCUCCAAUGACUCCACUUCGGGUAGCGCGGCCGCAUCCAACAUGAAGGAUGAGGAGAUGCCGCAUUCGGCCGCCAAUUCUGCCACCGACCCAUGCCCCCCGCUACCCCGCCAACACACCAAAGCAGGCGUCUCCAAGCUGACCUGCAUCAAGAUCAAGGCCAAAUCCCCCAAGGGCGACUGCUACACGCCCUCCAAUGCCACGGUGGAGAUCGUGCCCGCAUCCGAGCGGCAGAACCAUGUGGCGCGCAAGAUUGUGAAGAUGACCAAGCAGCCGCCCAACAAAAAAAAGAAGGCAGCCCCAUCGCGGGAAAAGAAGGUGACGCGCACCAUCAUGGCCAUCCUGGUGGCCUUUGUGGCCACGUGGACUCCUUACAACGUGAUGGUGCUGAUCAACACUUUCUGCUCCAGCUGUGUCCCCAACACGGUGUGGACGCUGGGCUACUGGCUGUGCUACAUCAACAGCACCAUCAACCCCGCCUGUUACGCCCUGUGCAACGUCACCUUCAAAAAGACAUUCAAGCACCUGCUACUCUGCCAGUACAAGAACAGUCGCUCUGCGAGGUAGACGUUUCCAAGAGUGUGCCGUUGUGCGGAUGUUUAGUGUGAGUGACCUUUCAUCCCACCGUUUCUUUCAAUAGGGCAUUUCUCCAUUACGCCACACGUACUUGCGGGUGGCAAAAUCCCACAUGAUCUCCAAUGGCACCACUAGAGAACAAAUACUUUGCUAUCAUUUUACCAAGACAGGGCAAUUGGGGAAAAAAAACAGGGUAAAAGGCUUGAAUUAUUAUUUUAGCUUUUUUUUCUACCACCGAAGUUUAAAUGUGUGAAGUGUCAGGUUAUAAAAAUAAAAAAGGUUAUGUUAACUACAGUCCUUGAAAAAGACAGCCAAUGGCAGUCAAAAUUUACAUUUCAACAGGUAAAUUGAUUCAGAAAUAGAUGUAGUAUAUAUUCAAACAUUGUUAACAUGAUGACUUUUUUUUUUUUUUUUUUUUUUUUUUACUCUGAUUAAUGGGACAGACAACCUCUUGCGACAGUGAACUGGAUAGCUGGCGGUAGAGCUGAUAUUAGCUAGCAGGCAAGCUAGCUAACAAUCAACUAGCUAGCUACAAUCCAACCAAACAUUUUAUACAUACCUGUGAGAAAAUGCCAUCCAAAAAUCCAAUGAUGAAAGGUUGGUUCCUUGUCUGUCACUCCGCCACCAGGCAUUCUUCUGAUCUUCUCUGUACAACUGUUACAAUAUCCACUCACCUUAUCCUCCGAGGAUUAAUUUAGAUUAACUGAAAGGAAAUUCAAAUAAUCCCAAACCUUUUUGGGCGUAACAUGCAGCGCAACUCGAAACAAGUUUUAGUCAUCAUUUCAGUUCUGGUCUGCGGUAGUCACUCGCAUUCUGCCACCCGCUAGUGCCCUGGCGCCUAUUGUUUACAAACAUUUUGAAAUGCGCCGUAAGUAGUCGUAGCAUCGAGCGGCUCCGUGUCAGGCUACAACAUUUUAGAGCUCCACAAUGGGACAACAGGGUUGCCUGAAUUUACAAACCUCACGCGUUUUAGGUUCAGUGACAACACUUGUAGAUAACUGUACAAAGCAGCUCCAUACUUCACCCGGAAUCUUUCCCACGGAUUUCCUCAUCAUACCCAAAUGAUUAAAACUGGAUCUCUUUUUCCCGUUUCUAUUUUUGCUUGGCUUCCAGUCUGCAAUGACAAAACACUGCUAAAUUCUACAAACUUGACCAUUUUUGACGGCCGUCUCGAGUUGUUGUUUUUUUAACAGCUCUUCAAAACUGGUCGAAACAAAUCGAUGAUGCAUCCCGGCCUUCUGCUCGCUCAGCUUUUUCUUUUUCGAUUGACACGUUAGCGCUGACAGAAUCGUUUUUGCUGACGCCAGCUAAUAACAUAUUUAUUGCGCACUGUCAUAUUAGGAAUCUCGGCAGCGUCUAACAAGUAGCUGGAGCUCAGAGCUUAUUAGUGUUUGUUUUGGAGUGUGUGGAUAGAUGUAUGUGUGUGUCAUUGCAUAGUGUAUGUGUGUAUGCUGAUGCGUGGUUGUGGGCUCCAAGUGUGGAGUUAAAUUCAGAUCACAGCUUCACCGGCUCGUGAUUUAAAAAGGGCUACUUUCUCGUCUUUAUGUCAUACAAUCACAUUAUCAUUGGCAUCAUGUUAGCAUUUUGUGUACAUAACCUUCCACACAAAAAAGUUCUUAGGAUGCACAUUGCCCACCGAGCUCAUCUCAAGAGUGUGGUCAGGGGUAGGAAAUUAGCACAUCAGCAUAUACAUUAGCAUUUUACAGCCAGAAAUUGGCCCAUUACAUGCUUAACUAGAGCUUAUGCAUGCUCACUGGUGGAAGUAAGUGCAGCAUUUUGCAUUUCGAUCCACUUCAACGCUUUCUUGGACAUACAUUAGGAAUAAGGCAUAGCACAGUUUAGGUAGCAUGUCCUUGUCGUCACCACAUGGCUGAAAAACACAUUUUCUGGUCAUACACUGCCCCCUAAUGCUGAGGCAGUAAACAAAAAUGUGAUUAAUUUAAUCAAAGAGUAGCAUUAUUCCAUUUACCAGGAGGCUAAUUUAGUCUUUUUUCCUUUCCUUGUGGACUUUCCUACUAACAAUGUGGCUGGAAAGCACGUUUUCCAGUCACAUGCUGCCACCUAAAGGUGUGGAGGACCCUAUAAAAAUACUUUCAUCCAUCCAUCCAUUUUCUUUACCACUUAUCCUCACCAGGGUCACGGGCUGCUGGAGCCUAUCCCAGCUAUCUCCGGGCGGGAGGCGGGGUACACCCUGAACCGGUCGCCAGCCAAUCGCAGGGCACAUAGAAACAGACAACCAUCCGCACUCACAUUCACACCUACGGGCAAUUUAGAGUCCUCAAUCAACCUACCAUGCAUGCUUUUGGGAUUAGAACCCCGUUCCUCAGAAAAGUGGUGAACUGGAACAAUUUUAGUAAGUAUUUCCAUAUAUUAGUCUUCAAAGAACCUAAUAAAUCCUGAGAUUUGGGAAAGAUUUGGGGGGAAAUGAUUGGAGACAGGUAGAAAAGCUAUCAUGUCCGUUAGUCUCACAAAAUGUGAUUAAUUUCAUCUAAGUGGUGACAGGAGUAACAUUAUUCCACUUACCAGAUUGGUAGAUUUGUCUUUUAAACCGCCUUACGGCUUCUUGGAGCGCCCAGUUUUUAUAUGCAGCUCCCUAGAGUGCAUGGACAACCACAUACAUAAAAAUGACUUUUUGUGGAAAUUUGUGUAAAACUGGGAGUAAAGUGACAAAUAACAUUUCCUGUAAGCAUUUGCUUUUAUUAGUCUUCAAAUAAACUAAUAAUUCUCAAAAUGUAAGCAAGUGUGGGGUUAAAAUGGUCGACAAGCGUGGCUGUCCUUAGUGGACAUAGAACAUGACAGUUUAGCUAGAAUUUCAUUUUCCUCAGCACAUCUUUGGGAAGCACAUUUUCGAAAACGUGAUUCAAUACAUCAAGGUGGGGAUAAUAGUAAAAUCACAGCACUUACCCGACAGUAAUUUUGUCUUUUUUAUUGUCUCUUUAUGGACAAACUUCACUGUUGGAACAUGUACAAGUUUAGCUAGCAAGUCCUUCUUCUCACAAUGCGUGGAACGCACACGUUUCUGCUCAGAUGCUGCCCCCUAGAGGCGUGGAAGACCUUAUUUAGAAAUGAAUGGGGGCAAUUUGUCCCAUUAGAUUAGAAAAACAUACAAAUGAAACAAAAUCAAGAUAUUGGCUAACAGUAUAUUUUAUACAUAUUGAUUAAAUUAUUUCGAAAUAAAUAAUUUAAUCAAAUAAAUCAAUAGAUACAUUAGAUACAAAAAGAAAAUCAAUAAAUGUUGGCUUUGAUAGUCAGGAAUAAUUACAAAUGAUGUAAAAUCGAGAUUUAGAAUAGAAUUGUAAAUAAAAUCAAGAAAUGCAUGCAUUUUAAAUCAGAUUGUAAAAUUACAAAAAAACAAUUGUUACAUAAAAUUGCUGGAUAUUUGAGGAUUAAGAGUAUUUAAAAUCAAAAUCUAAAUUAAAAAAAAAAAUUUGAAGAGAUGUAUUUCAAAUUAGAUAUUAAAAUACAAAUAAAUCAAUCAAUAGAUUUUGAGGAAUAUUUGAAGUUUAGUUUUAAAAAAUGGAAACGUAUUAAAAUUGCAUUUCUUUAAAAAUGAACUCAAUUAGAUACUUGCUUUGGAAUCAAAGCAUAAUUAACAAUUGGGUGAAAAAAAAAUCUAAAUUGGCCAUCUGGUAAAAAAAUAUACAAUAAAACUAUAAGAUAGCUUUGAGGAUUGAUGAAAAAAAAUACACUUAAAAAUUGUAAAUUUAAAAAACAAAAUUCUAUAAAUAAUGUCUUUGACAUUGAGUAUUGGUCAAAAUGUAUUUGAAAUCCAAAUUUUGAAUAAAACAUUUUUAACUCAAUAGGAUACUUGCUUGAUGGACUUGUCGAAAGGUGGUAGAACUGCUGUUAAGAAUGAAUACGGUUCUUGCCAGCGUUCCAAUCUGGUCGUCCAAGUGUUCCGAUAUGGGAAUUACGGAAUAUACCCGCUGUCAUUCCACGUUGUCGCCAUCGUCGUAUUCGUCGUGCCGUCAGAGCUAAUCGGGCUCCUCUUCACACGGCUUUCGGCAAAGGGCUACAAUCCUCUCGCGUGGGGAGAAAAAGGCGGGACAACGCAAAUACAUUUUGCAGAAAGAGUAGAAAACAGAAAAUAUCAGCAGAUUGUACGGAGUAAUUUCAAAAGUGCCUUAGCCGGAAUGACAAAAUGGAAAUUGCUCUUUGCAUGCUCGAAUGUGUGCGUUAGCUCUGAGCUACUGCUACUUUCAUUUAACAGUCGCAACAUUUGUGUCCACAUUUUCAGUGUGUGUGUGUGUGUGUGUGUGUGAGACCCGAGAUUCCAAACAGGCUUCCAAAGACUCCCCUCCAUACACGCAACAUUUCACACACAUCUUAUAACCAGUGUACAAAAAUGUGUCAUUGCAAAAUGUACAGAAACUUUGUGCGUGAAAUAGUCGAUUUGUUGUUGUUUUUUUUUCAUUAUUUUAAUAAUAAUAAUAAUAAUGUGCAUUUCUGUAGGCAUGAUUUGCAACAUUGAGCGGGUGGGUGGUUGCCAAAAGACGACACAAAAAAUAACAUUUGGCCCCGCCGCUAGCUGCACAUUUCAUUUAGAUGUUUUUGUGUGUGACUUGUGGAAAAAAAUAAAAUUUGCCAUGUAAAUACAAAUAUAUAUAUAUAUAUAUAUAUACAUACAUACACACACACACA